CUAGCAGAACCAGUCCAGCACGGAGCCUCGCCUGGCCGACCGCUGCGCCGUGCAAUCUUCUUGGGGGGACUGCACAACAUUCCUGUGAAAUAUAACUGCUUUUAAUGGCAUGUGGCUUGUAACUUUACUUCUGCUGUAUUCUUUGCAAGAAGUCAACAGUGAGGAUGUUGUCUCUACGCGGCUGUACUUUGUGAACGCCUCCCUGCAGCGGGUGACCUUCUCCAGCUCGGUGGGGGUGUCCCUGCCCUGCCCUGCGGGCGGCGCCCCCCAUGCCGUCCUGCGCUGGUACCUGGCCGCCGGAGACGACAUUUACGACGUGCCCCAUAUCCGCCACGUGCAUGCCAACGGCACCCUCCAGCUCUACCCCUUCUCCCCCUCCGCCUAUAACAGCAUUAUCCACGACAACGAGUACUUCUGCACUGCUGAGAACCAAGCAGGCAAGAUUCGUAGCCCCAGCAUCCACAUCAAAGCAGUGUUCAGGGAGCCCUACACAGUCCGUGUGGCCGACCAGCGCUCCAUGCGGGGUAAUGUCGCCGUGUUCAAGUGCCUCAUCCCCUCAGCCGUCCAGGAGUAUGUCAGCGUGGUGUCCUGGGAGAAAGACACCGUCUCUAUCGUCCCAGUAUCCAUCUCCUCCUCCAGUUGGAGCUUAAAACAGUGUGAGUUUUAUCUGGUCACCAUGGUAACGGGUGCGAACCGGCGGGCGGAAUGA